GUUUUUGCACCUAACAAUAACAAUUUCUAGCCCGUUCAAACGUGAAAUAUUUUACACGUUUAGAAAAUUUUGCGUCGGGUAGAUCGGGAGUAGGGGAAAUAUAUAAUUGGAGGUUUACAUAAAUUUUGACAGUGUCUGUUACGUUUUCAUUUUUUCAACUAACAGCAUUCCAGGGGCUGAGCACCUGCACAAUGGAAUCAGACGACCAGAAGAUGGCCAUCAUGAGGAAGGCCUUCCAGAUGUUUGAUACCUCCAAAUCCGGGUUUAUCGAAACGCAGAAGAUUUCCACCAUUUUAAACACCAUGGGACAGCUUUUUGAUGAUGGGGAACUCAAUAAGCUGAUAAUGCAGAAUGAUCCGGAUAAAAGUGGGACUGUCAAUUUUGACGGAUUUUACAACAUUGCUUCACAUUUUCUCGAAGAGGACGAUGAUGAAUCUACUCAACAAGAAUUGAAAGAAGCUUUUAGAUUGUACGAUAGGGAAGGAAACGGUUAUAUCACUACUGCAACUCUUAAAGAAAUUCUAGCAGCCCUUGAUGACAAUUUGACCAGUAGGGAUCUUGAUGGGAUUAUUGCCGAGAUUGAUACUGACGGUUCUGGAACCGUCGACUUUGAUGAAUUUAUGGAAAUGAUGACUGGUGACUAAAAGACAAAUUUCCGAUCCAAAGACAACAUGUACUAGUGAUACUGACAAAAUAACAAAUAAACAAUUUUAGUAUAA